AUGGGCAGCUUGGAUAUUUCUAUAUCCAAACCCUCCAUAUUUCAAGCGGUGAGGUGGAUGUCGUCUUCAAAAGUCUUUGUUGGAGGAAUUUCGUAUUCCACGGAUGACUCGAGUCUCAGAGAGGCUUUCAGCAGGCAUGGUGAUGUUACGGAAGCAAGGGUUAUUGUGGAUCGUGAAUCUGGUAGGUCAAGAGGAUUUGGUUUUGUUACAUUUACUUCUCCUGAGGAGGCAUCUGCAGCCAUUCAGGCUAUGGAUCAACAGGAACUUCACGGCCGUCAGAUAAGAGUGGAUUACGCUAACGACAGGGCGCGUGGCUAUGGCGGCGGCGGUGGCUAUGGCGGCGGCGGUGGUGGCUAUGGAGGUGGCGGUGGCGGUGGCUAUAACCGAGGCUAUGGUGGUGGAGGUUACGACAAUGAUGGCGGGAAUUAUAAUUCCGGUGGUGGUGGUGGUGGUUAUGGUGGGAAUUAUAAUUCCGGUGGAUCGAAUUAUAACUCGGGUGUCGAUAGUUAUGGAGGUUCUGAUCGACAGAAUUUUGGCGGGAAUGACUUCCUUGGCGGCUCGGCUGGGGUUGGAGAUGGCUUGGACAUGAACAACAAGGACUUUGGUUUUGGUGAGGGUGAAGGGAAUAAUAAUAAUAACUUUGUUGGAGAUGGUGAUGACAUGGAUAACUUUGCUGAUCGGAGGAGUUGA